AUGAUAUUUUAUAAGUUAUCUUUGAUAGCUUUAUUUGGAUUGUUUAUGAUUUCGAUGAGUGGUAGUGGUGGUGGAGUUGUCAGUGCUACCAAUACAGCCAAUUGUACAAAUGUCAACGGUGAUAUGUUUUUCAAUCGUUGUUUCAUGAAUGACGAGAUCGGAGCGACACCAUCGAUCUACCCAACUCUCAAGAACAAGUUCCUCUCACUGCGUAUCGCAACCGUUCACAUGUUGCAUCGUGCAUCCUACCCAUUGGUAUUGGGUGUCGGUCUGUACGCAAUCUUCAGACAACGUCGUCCAUGUUUCUGUAACGGUGCUCACAUCGGAAGUUACUACGGUAUGCCAAGUGGUGAUGCAAUGGCCGGUGGUAUCUUGGCUGCAUUCCUCAUUGAUAAAGCACCAUUCUAUCCAAUUUUUGCAAGAAUUUCAGGUAUUCUUUUAAUGAUUUGUGUUUGUUUUGAAAGAACCAUUCUCGGAUAUCACUCUGUUGGACAGGUUAUGACUGGUACAACCAUUGGAUUCUUCUUACAUUUCUAUUCUACACGUGUUCCACAAUGGGUUUUGGUAUUCGAUAUCUUUGCCCAAUGGGUAUUAUCUGCUGUCGCCAUCUUGGUUGACCCAGAUUUAGUAUAUGCAUCAAACGAUCCAAAUAAUUUGUUUGUUUGGUUCAUUUGGGGAGUUUCAUUCCAAUUUUUAGUUUUACUCUAUCUCUUUAGAAUUGGAAAGACUCCAUUCGCCGGAUGGAAGAUAUUAAAGAGAAGUUACAAUUCAAUGUCAAAUCCAGAUCUUAAUAUCCAAUCUGAAGAGGACGAUCAAUUAUUAUUAUUCUCAAUCAAACCAACAAGCGAUGAUAAUGAAUCACAAGAAAGAUUAGCAGCAAGAAUGAAAAUGGAUUCCGAUAUUAUUUUCACAGUAUUUGCUUAUGUCGUUUUCUUUGCCGUCAAUUUCCUAUCGUUCUGUUUCCAACGUUGGAAUUGGGGUGUCAAAUAUUCAAACAGUGCAUCUGGUGGAACACAUAUGUAA